AUGUAUUUGCUAUUCUUAUCGACAAUUUCUUCAUUACUGCACCCAGCUGCUUCAAAAAUACUUGCAAACUUUGUUAUGCCACACGGCGGUAUAGCUUUAGACCCCACACAUUUCAAUGCAACAAAUUCAACUGCGCUGGAACAAGCCUGGGAAAUACACCGCGCUUGCAAACAAGUAGGUGAAGAAAUAGCAUCGUUGAAGCCAGAGCUUAUUCUACUGAGCACCCCGCAUGGUAUAGCAGAUUUAAGGAAUUUUGUGCUAUACUUGAACCCUGUGGCUUCGGGAUUUGCGGAUACAGACAACUGUGACUGCCCGCCAUGUUGUUACAACGCCACAGUUAAUGUAGAUACUGGGAUGUCUCAGUUCAUUGUUGAGGCUUUAGGGUACCAGAACAAUGUAUCAGGGCUUAGUGGAUAUGGUCCCCCAGGCCAGAGCAGUGAACCUUUUCCUUUGAGGUGGGGUGAAGUUAUCCCAUUUCAUUUCAUGCCUGGGCUGAAUGAAUCCAAGGUUGUCAUCCUCUCUCACCCCAGUCGUCGAUAUUCAGAGGAUGUGGAGAUGAUUCCGGAACUUCUCAAGUUAGGGUCUUCAUUGUACAGCAUCCUUGAAACUUCUUCCAAAAGAGUUGUCAUUGUAAUCAGCGCUGAUCUGGCUCACACACAUUCAGCAUCAGGUCCAUAUGGUUACUCUAAUGCAUCAGAACCUUUUGAUGAGGCAUGUGGCAAAUGGGCCACAUCAUUACAGCCUGAUUACCUGUUGACGACAGCUGCAUCUCUGGUUGAUCAAGCUCUUUCCUGUGGCUAUACUGGCCUGGUAACUCUUCAUGGGCUUAUGGAGGCUGGUGACAUUGCAACAUGGACUCCAAGUCUUAGAGUGAAUCAUCACCCCAGCUAUUAUGGAAUGAUGGUGGCCUCUUUUUACAGAUCAGACCUGUUUCCAGUAUCAGUUCAUGUUGAGAAGUAA